UUCAGGUUUUAAACGUCAGCUAGUGCUUAAAAAUCCCACGAUACGGAUAUGUGCCCAUCACUGGUGGGAUGCAACUUUCCGUCAAAAGACUCGGCCAGGUUAACUUUCAAUCGUGCGGCUUGGAAAUUUGCACGUCAGCCAGCUGGCUUCUGAAGAAACUCGGAUUCUACUUGUCAAUAUCUAAUCCUUGGUCCAAGAUGUCGAGCUCUGCUGAACGUUUAAAUUAUCAGGAUAGCAGUAGCGAUACAGAGACGGACAAAGAAACUGGUGGUAGAGGAAGGCAUCGUAUUUAUAAGAAUAGGCUGAGUUGUGGUGGCUCUUCAAAACCAAAAUCUUGUUUGGUACAAAGGGAUGGAAGCACUGAAAGGCACUGUCAUUCCUACAAUUCUGCCAGGCAAAAUACUAAUGUUAGCCAACAAAACAGAGUCCAGGCAUCGGUAUGUGAAAGACUCUGCUCUGGAGUCGUCGUUGGGAAAAGUCAACAAACUCAAAAUAGAGACAUUUUACCAUCGUCUGGAUCUAUUACCGGUAUAAGUAAUCCGCAGUCUAGCGAUGAACGCCUCACUCUCAUCGUCGACAACACUAGAUUUAUCGUCGAUCCCGCCUUGUUCACGGCGCAUCCGAACACGAUGUUAGGUAGAAUGUUCAGUUCCGGCGUAGAGUACGCCCAGCCGAACGAGCGUGGCGAGUACGAGGUCGCAGACGGCAUAUCGGCCAUGGUAUUUAGAGCUAUUCUUGAUUAUUACAAGGGAGGCGUGAUCAGGUGCCCGCCGACGGUCGCGGUUCAGGAGUUACGAGAGGCUUGCGAUUACCUUCUCGUUCCGUUUGACGCAAGUACAGUGAAAUGCCAAAAUCUAAGAGGAUUGUUACAUGAAUUGUCUAAUGAAGGCGCUCGGUGCCAGUUCGAGGUGUUCUUGGAAGAUUUAAUACUACCGCUGAUGGUGAACAGCGCGCGUAGGGGCGAUCGCGAGUGCCACAUCGUUGUUUUAUUGGAAGACGACAUCGUCGAUUGGGACGAGGAAUAUCCACCGCAAAUGGGGGAGGAGUACUCGCAGACUGUUAAUAGUACCGCGAUGUACCGAUUUUUCAAGUACAUCGAGAACAGAGACGUGGCCAAACAAGUGAUGAAGGAACGCGGUUUGAAAAAGAUUCGUUUAGGCAUCGAGGGUUAUCCGACGUACAAGGAGAAGAUCAAGAAGAGAGCCGGAGGACGCGCCGAGGUAAUCUACAAUUAUGUGCAGAGACCGUUCAUUCACAUGUCUUGGGAGAAGGAAGAAGCAAAGAGUCGACACGUCGACUUUCAAUGCGUGAAAUCUAAGUCCGUGACGAAUCUCGCGGAAGCGACGGCCGACCCGGCACUGGACGCCGGUGGAAAUCCGAUAGCGAUCGCGCUUCUGCAGGCGGAUCCCGUUCCUCAGCCGGAAGUCGUGCUGCCGGUAGGCUCAGACCCCGAUGUCGAAGGUGCCGUCGGUUUGCCGGUCGAUCAAGAGCUUGGAUCGAUACCGCACGACGAGUUACCAUGAACUACCUUUACGAUAAAAAAGUCUGCGAUUGAGAAAUCUUAUUCCGAGGCUCUGCUUAAAAUAUCCUCCGCGUACUUAAAUAAAAAGAUACCAAAUAUCCCGGAUCUGAAAGUCGAAGGUGCAGGGGAGAAAUGGAAUAUGUGGAACGUUUGGCGGACAGUCUUAGAAGAAAACGAGAAGCUGGCUAGAGCUCGGCUAGCUGCGGUCGAAGUAUUUCAGCAACAAAUUGCUGACGACGCGAAGUCUUUAAGAAUGCACAAAAUUCAGAUUUCUAAGAAGGCAAUCGACCAAUUAAUGAUAGUACAAAAGGAGUUGCAAAUGUGCGUGCAAGACGUGGACAAGACGAAGAAAUUGUACUUCGACGAGGAGCACAGCGCUCAUGACGUACGCGACAAGGCGAAAGACAUCGAAGAGAAGCUGAAGAAGAAGAAGGGGUCCUUCUUUCAAUCGAUAACAUCGCUGCAGAAAAAUAGCGCGAAAGUGAGCUCGAAACGCGACGCUUUGGAGGAGAAGUCGACUGGAGCUCGGAACGAUUAUCUGCUCAGUCUCGCCGCUGCCAACGCGCAUCAGAAUAGAUAUUUCGCAGUCGAUUUACAGAACACCAUGCAAUAUUUGGAACAAGGAGUCUAUGACAAGGUUGCCGAAUAUCUAACGUUGAUGGGUCGUACAGAACUGUUGACCUGCCUGGCCACGCAGAAUAGCUUCGGAAAAAUUCGUGAUCAAGCGCAACAACUUACUAGAGAGUACAACAUACAAUGCUGCUGCUUGUAUUAUCCCGUGUUGAAACAGCACAUACAGUACGAUUUCGAUCCUUGCGACAGCGACCCGGUAGAAAGGGUAACGGUUGAUCAUUGUGCCGCAGCUACGCUCGGCAAGGAAGCUCGCCGUUGGUCCUCGAGAAUAGCUCGGGAAGUAAGCAGCAUUAGGGAAAACAAUAGAAAAUUACAAACGUUUCUGCAGCUUAAAGAAUCUGGACAAAAGACUGAUCCGAACGAUCCGCAAGGUCCAGAUUUAGAUACGAAAAUCGAUGAAUUAAAACACUUGAUACGCCGCGCAGAGACAGCGAAAUUGAAGGCAGAGGCGAGAAUAGAAUGUCUCCGAAACGGUGGAGUGAACGUCGACGAAUGGCUGCAGGAAGCGGAGACCCUCAGUGUCCAAGAUAUACCGCGUUCUGCCAGCUCUCUCUCAGUCAGGAGUGAUGCAUCAGGGACAGUGGAACAUCCGUCCUCGGACUCGUUUUAUGACAGCGACGGUGACGGUGGCAGCGACUUGACGACUGUCGAACGACCAACAGUUCCUCAACAAGAAGAAGACGCCCCGCAAGGGAGGCAAAGACACGACAGCGAAGACGCAGACGCAGCUAUGCGAGAGAAGCAGCUUGCUGGCUGGGACGAUCCAACGAGUGUAGAUUGGGAAGAGGAUGAUGAACAGAGAGAGAAGCAACUGAUGGAAGCUCUUACGACUCGCUGGGAUGAUCCGACAACUGUGGACGAAGAGAAAGACGAAGCUCAGGAAGCAACUGAUGCGCAAUCUGCUCAGCCAAUAUACAAGUGCACCGCUCUUUACUCAUACACGGCGCAAAAUCCCGAUGAAUUGUCAAUUCUUGAGAGCGAGCAACUCGAAGUCGUCGGCGAGGGCGACGGCGACGGGUGGCUUCGCGCGCGGAAUUACCGCGGGGAGGAAGGUUUUGUUCCUCAGAAUUAUCUCGACGUUGAGAGAGAUACGCCUGGCCUCUCUUCCCAAGGGCCAGGUACACUGGUACAGCAAAUAUCUUUCUCUUCGGUAGAUUACACCGUCGACGAUCACGAUGCCGUCGAUCCAGACGCCAAUUUACAAGCUACCGAGCCAGAGACUAUUGUACAAAAUCAUAUAGGAGAAACGGAGCAAUUUUGCGUGGCUCUUUACGAUUACGACGCCACGUGCGACGAGGAACUCAAUUUCUUGGAAGGCGAUAUCCUAAAGGUGCUUAGAAAAGAACCGCACGACGUCGACGAUGGAUGGUGGGAAGGAGAACUCCGAGGUCAACGAGGAUUGUUCCCCUCCUUGGUCGUAGAACCCUGUGCCGCGGACGGCUCACCGUUGACCCCCCAGGAGGAUCUAACACCACCGAGUUCUGCACCACCUGUGUUUACACCGCCCGAGAUUCCCGAGUUCUUACUCGAAGAGGAACUGACUCAAAGUCUCAUGAAAGAAGCGCAAAAUGCAAAUGCAAAUGCGGACGAGCAACAACAGCCGCAAGAUCAAGAAGGUUUCAAGAUAAAUCUAUCGAAGGACCAAAAAAGUCAUUACGGCUCGCAGUUUCAAGGCGACAAUCCCGAUGGGCCUGGUAUAGUAGUCGUAGAAGUGUCGGACGAAUCAGGAGCAAAGACAGAUGAGGAAAGAGCUAAGCAUCCGCAGUCUUUGAACACUGACCAGGCCAACGAAGAUAUCGGACUUGGCGUCGCGCAGAUAGUGAUCACGGCGGCAACGCCCAUGGAAGAAGUUGAACACCCGUUCCCGGGUAUGGAGGAAACCGCGGAUGAGACGGUGAAGUCGACGGAAGAGAAUUCCGAGGGCGAUCCGCCAUCAAGCGCUACUACCACUGACAUGAACGAGAGCGACUGUAAAGAGCCUACCGUGAUAAUGGACGAGAAAGAGCAAGAAACUACGGGGGCGCCCGAAGAGGUCGAGGAGAAAUCAACGGUGGACGAUCUGCCGGCAGAUUCGGCACCGUUCCCAGUUAGUAGCAGUUCUGGUAGCGAAGGCGACUCGACGUCUGGACCGAGCACGGCGGACAACUCUCAGUCUAUACCGUCGCGCGGUACCGUGGUCGAGGUACAACAAGAAACGGAAGAUAUCGAGAUCAUGCCGGAGAAAAUGGUGGUGGGCGGAAGGGCAAGUAUUCCAGAUGAGUUACAGCCAGACCAGCUGGAGAAACUGCAAAAUCUGAAAGAAUCAAAUGCCUAGGAUUGACUAGACCUCGGAGAUCCCGAUUAUCCUGCCUUAACAAGUAAACUGGCUCUUCCGAAAAAUCAUCAAAACAAGUUCCAGCAUUUAAUGGAAUUUUGGAAAUCUCCGGAGGUUAUUGGAAAAGAAAGACUAAACGAAUAAAAAAACGAAAAAAAAAUGGGAACGACUAAACGA